AUGGUGCACCGGCACCCAGCAGCAGCCCGAUGCAGCAAACGCUUGACUGCUGCGACUGGCCUGCCAUUGCAAAGCACGGUGACGAAGUGGGUCCUCAGUCCAGGCAACUACCAACGCUGGCGGCUGGACUGGAAAGCGAAGGUGGCACUUGAGGUCCUGGAGGAGUUGGAGGCUGCAUGGUAUCAGGGUUUCGCCCCCGUUGACGUCGAACACACUAUUCAGAACAUUGAGAGGCAGUACGUCAACUUGGCUCAAUGGAUGCAGAAGAGCGGGAUCCGAGCGAGUGACCGCGCUUGCUUCGCGUUUACAUUUCCGGUAGAGGCGUCACUGAGUAGCUCCAGCUCGCCGUCGAGUAGCUCCAGUGCAGGGAAAGACAACGAAGACGAAGUCGAAGACGACGAACAAGACGAUGACGUCAAAGAAGCUGCAGAAUAUGCGGGUACGACGGCAGGACGCAAGAGGCCGAUCGAGGUGGCAUUCCGAUCGAGUAAAGCCCAGCGACCCCUGAGUUCCGGCGUGUUUAGCCCGGUGGCUGCAUGCAAGCUGGAGUACGAAAUGAAAACCAUCCACGAUCGAUACGAGUCGGAGCAGACCAAGCGGAUCUGUGCUGUCCAAGGGGAGCGCUUCCGUGCGGACGGAGAGAAAUGGAAAAGUGAGGUAGAGCGCUACAAAGCUGGAGCCGCGAAGGCCCAGAUGCAGGCUGAAAGGGCUCGAGCUGCGACUGAGCAGCGCAAGAGCGAGAUUGAGCAGGACCGGUGCGGCAUGGCUUUCAAAGUGGAAGGAUUGGCGUCCCGGCACGAGUUGGCGGAAAAAGGGGUCCCGUUCGAGGAAAUCGACAAGAUUAAGUUGUGUGAAGCUGGUUUGAUGGGGAUCGGUAAGCGGAACUAA